CGAAGCAGCGCGUGCGCAUUGCUCCAGUUGGUCCUCAAGCAGGAACUUGGUUAAUGCAGAGAAAGAUGGCAAUGAAGGCAAUCAGAGGAAUUGUCAACGGAGCCAUGAACGAGCUUUCUUCGGCUGUCAGUGGGACGAAAGCUGCCAUGACUUGUGAACACGUACAAGCCGUCAGCCGAGACUACAUAUCACAACCACGACUAACUUAUAAAACUGUGUCUGGUGUCAAUGGUCCUCUGGUUAUUUUGGAUCAUGUGAAGUUCCCCAGGUAUGCAGAGAUAGUCCACCUGACCCUUCCUGAUGGCACAAAAAGAAGUGGACAGGUACUGGAGGUCAGCGGGUCCAAGGCAGUGGUGCAGGUCUUUGAAGGAACAUCAGGUAUUGAUGCCAAAAAGACAAGCUGUGAAUUUACAGGCGAUAUCUUGCGCACACCUGUGUCAGAAGACAUGUUGGGUCGUGUUUUCAAUGGGUCAGGAAAACCCAUUGACAGGGGGCCCAUGGUCUUGGCAGAAGAUUAUCUGGACAUUAUGGGACAGCCCAUUAACCCACAGUGCCGAAUAUACCCAGAGGAGAUGAUCCAGACCGGUAUAUCCGCCAUCGAUGGGAUGAACAGCAUCGCCAGAGGACAAAAGAUCCCCAUCUUCUCCGCUGCUGGUUUGCCACAUAAUGAGAUUGCCGCUCAGAUCUGCCGACAGGCUGGUCUAGUGAAGAAAUCCAAAGACGUGAUGGAUUACAGUGCAGACAACUUUGCCAUUGUGUUUGCUGCUAUGGGGGUUAACAUGGAGACUGCAAGGUUCUUCAAGUCUGACUUUGAGGAGAAUGGAUCUAUGGACAACGUGUGUCUCUUCUUGAACUUGGCCAAUGACCCCACGAUCGAGCGAAUAAUCACCCCUCGUUUGGCCCUCACGACUGCCGAGUUCCUGGCCUACCAGUGUGAGAAGCACGUGCUGGUCAUUCUGACCGACAUGAGCUCCUACGCCGAGGCUCUCCGAGAGGUGUCGGCGGCUCGGGAGGAGGUGCCGGGCCGACGCGGUUUCCCCGGCUACAUGUACACAGACCUGGCAACCAUCUACGAGAGAGCUGGCCGUGUGGAGGGUCGCAGUGGCUCCAUUACCCAGAUCCCCAUCCUCACCAUGCCCAACGACGAUAUCACUCACCCCAUCCCAGAUCUGACUGGAUACAUCACAGAGGGCCAGAUCUACGUGGAGAGACAGCUGCAUAACCGACAAAUCUACCCCCCCAUCAACGUGCUGCCCUCUCUGUCUCGACUGAUGAAGUCCGCCAUCGGCGAAGGGAUGACUCGCAAGGACCACGCUGAUGUGUCCAACCAGCUGUAUGCCUGCUAUGCCAUUGGGAAGGAUGUGCAGGCCAUGAAGGCUGUGGUGGGGGAAGAAGCUCUGACCGCUGAUGACCUGCUCUACUUGGAGUUCCUGCAGAAGUUUGAGAAGAACUUCAUUGCUCAGGGGGCUUAUGAGAACCGCACAGUGUUUGAGACCCUGGACAUAGGCUGGCAGCUGUUGAGAAUUUUCCCUAAGGAGAUGCUGAAGAGGAUCCCUCAGAGCACCUUGGCCGAGUUCUACCCACGAGACUCCAAACACUAGCUCUUCCCCUUUCUGUCUGUUACACCAUCGUUUUGGUAUUUAAGCAACUGCAAAAUACUGUGCAAAUAACUGGUUUCUGCUUGGUUGUGCCUCCUCAAAGUUCAAAAUACAUGUGCUACAAUGUGUGUAUCUAGUGAGAAAUGCAGACAAUGUUUAGAACCUAAUGGGGACUGUUUCAAAGGCCCCCUGAGCACAUAUAGAGUACGACAGGCCACAGACUGUUAUGUUGUUGUGUAAUUGUUGUGCCCAAUGAUCAGUCUAUCAGUCAGUAAAGCUGUAUUUGGUGAGCAAUGUAAUUUUGCUGUGCAGCCACAAACAAAAGAUGGUAGAAGGGAUUUAAAAUAUUAAAAUGGAAAAUCGAAGAAAAUGCCAUUGAAGUAAGCGAAAUCCACAUAGCCUCACAUGAACAAUUGUUGCUGCCAUACCUUACCAUCGGAGCCAUAUUGGCCUCUACUCAGGAUCCUUAACUCUGAAGAUACUUGUGUGAAGGGAACAGAGAAUUAACUCAUAAAUACAAUAAGUGGUGAAUGAAUAUGACCAAAGAUGGCAAAAGCCACAUUUGACUUUUGCAUUCUUGUGAUAAUUUAUGGAUUGCGGCAAAGCAUUAUAUUUUCCUGUUCUAGAAGAAUGAAGCUACAUGAUGUCAUGCCAAUAGUGACAUUCAUUUCUGAGUUAAGGUUUUGCCAAUGACAUGAUUGAAAAUGUAAGCCAUAUGUUAGCUGUUCAUCAUAACUGACUCGUUUCAGCUUAGCUUACAGAAAAUAUAGAGAAGCAUAUUGCACAUCUUUAAGAAAACCCUUCAAUAAUAGAUGUCAGACCAAGAUACGUAUGGAUUUUUUUUUUUCGAUUGAGACUAUAUUCAAAAUGGGAAAAGUACACAAGCCAUUUCAGAAACAGAAUGUUCAUAUACAUGCAUACGUAGGCUAAGUAAAUCUUGACAUUUUGUGUGAGUCCAUACCAGUGGCAUAACAAAGGUUUUAACAAAGCUAGAAAUUAAGGAUUCUUUUUUUAGUUGUGAAAAGGCAAUGAUAUUUGCUGACAUCAGAUUACAGGACCAUCUGAUUAUUUACAGUUGCUUUUUCUAUUUCUGUUAUUUGGUUCAGGAUGCUAAGUAUUAUCUAACUUAACCAAAGUUUAUGGAUAGGUCAUUGUUUCAAAAGGGAUGGAUACUAUCAUCAUGCCUGGUUGUGCAUAGAAGAGGUCAACACUUUAAUGUGACAAUAGUCAAAUAAGAUGUUAUACGGAAUUGUUUAUUUAAAAUAAUAAAAAUCUUUUUUUUGUUUGAAGUAAGAAAAUUGGCUGAUUAAAAACGAUGGCCACAUUGAAAAGGAGCUAUGCCGAUGAUUCAAAGAUUAGCAAAUGUAUGUUGCAUUCGUUAAACGACAAAUGAGAAUAACACGACUUUUUUUACCUGAUUUUUAGAGAAUCUUUGACAGGUCACAGGAUACAACACCUUUCAUGUGAAGACUUUUAACAUUGUUUACAAUUGAGGGUGAUUGAAAAUGUACACCCUCAAGGAGUUUGUAGGAAGACUUUGAACUUUCAAUGUUGCCUUCGGUAUCACAGUAAUUUCCUGUCUUAUUGAUGUUCUGUGCCACAGAGUUUAAAAACAUGCUUCCUUAGAUGUUGUAAAAUAUGUGUCUGGCUGCCAUUAGUUCAUUCUAGUUUUUCCAGUGACAACAGGGAUGCAUCUUCAUGUGCAAAUGAAUAGGUUAUCUUUUUUGCUUUAAGGCAUAUUGCUUCGUAAAACUGUCUAUAAAUCUGCUAUGGGUAACCUGAGUUUAUUUGUGGAAUAAAUAAGAUGUCUGAUAACGUU